AUGGUGGCGGACAUUUUUGAUGAGCCUGGAACGCGGGUGUCUCCUCCCACAAAAUUGGCACAUGUUGUGCUACGAACAGGCACCAACUUUUCUCGGAUGGUUGAUUUUUACAAGACGUUUCUAGGUGCCAAGGCGUCCUUUGAAAAUGACUUCAUUUCAUUUAUCUCCUACGACGAAGAACACCACCGUAUAGCAAUCGUUGCUGCGCGAGGUUGUGGUCCAAAAGUGCCUAAUUCCUCGGGGUUACAUCACAUUGCUUUCUCCUAUGAUUCACUGACAACUUUGGCCGUGGCGUAUCGGCAGCGAAAGAAAUUAGGGAUAAUGCCGGUGUGGUCGGUGAACCAUGGGCCAACUUCGAGCAUUUACUAUCGCGAUCCGGACGGAAACAUGAUCGAAACUCAGGUUGACAACUUCUCCACGUCCGAAGAAGCAACGACGUUCAUGAUGUCAAAGGAAUUUAUGGAUAACCCUUUCGGCACUGAUUUCGACCCGGAGGAACUUAUAGAACGGCUGCGCGCUGGUGAAAGUGAUGCGAGCAUUAAGAGAAGGAAUGAGAUCGGGCCGCGUACGGAGCCCCGUGCGGUUUUGCAUCGACAGCACAAAAUCUAA